AUGUUUCUGUACUCGCUGCUGCGUCAGAAGGAUGAAGAUGAAGAGAUUGAGUCCCAGAAGUCCUGGAUCGAACACACUUUCACCAGGAGGGAAUGUGUCUGUAUUCUGCCCGUGUCGAAGGACCCGCACAGAUGCCUCCCAGGAUGCCAAAUCUGCCAGCAGCUCGUGCGAUGCUGCUGCGGGCGUCUGGUUCGGCAGCACGUGGGCUUCACCGCCACGCUGGCAGUGAAAUACUCAGACGUGCGCCUGACCGAGGGAGAGCUGCCCGAUCUGGAGCAGUGGUCAGUGGAGAAGCACACAGAGGAGAGUCCCACUGACGCUUAUGGAGUCAUCAACUUCCAGGGAGGAUCCCAUUCAUACAGAGCCAAGUAUGUGCGUCUCUCCUAUGACUCCCGUCCGGAGGCCAUCCUGAGGCUCAUGCUGAAGGAAUGGCAGAUGGAGCUGCCAAAGAUCGUCAUCAGCGUUCACGGGGGAAUCCAGAACUUCGACCUGCACCCGCGGAUCAAACAGGUGGUGGGAAAAGGACUGAUCAAAGCUGCUGUCACCACCGGGGCCUGGAUCCUGACCGGAGGGGUCAACACAGGUGUGGCCAAACAUGUGGGUGACGCUCUGAAGGAACAUAUGUCCAGAUCGGCUCGGAAAAUCUGUACGGUGGGAAUUGCACCCUGGGGAGUGAUCGAAAACAGGAACGACCUCAUCGGAAGAGACGUUGUAGCACCGUACCAAACCCUGCUGAAUCCUCUCAGUAAACUCAACGUGCUUAAUAACUUCCACUCUCAUUUCGUCCUGGUGGAUAAUGGGACAGUUGGGAAAUAUGGAGCUGAAGUCAAACUCAGGAGAGAACUGGAGAAACACAUUAACCUGCAGAGAAUCCACGCCCGCAUUGGUCAGGGCGUCCCGGUCGUAGCGCUGAUCUUUGAAGGAGGUCCAAACGUGAUCCUGACGGUGCUGGAGUAUCUUCAGGAGAGCCCGCCGGUGCCGGUGGUGGUGUGUGAGGGAACGGGACGUGCCGCUGAUAUACUGGCAUACGUACACAAGCACACACACACACAGAGAUAUACACACACAGACAGAGCGCUGCCUGAUGGAGUUGAGGCCGACAUCAUCACAACAAUCAAGAAAACGUUCAACUUCAGCCAGAGUGACGCGCUGCAUCUUUUCCAGACGCUGAUGGAGUGCAUGAAGAACAAAGAGCUGAUCACAGUGUUUCCUGUGGGCUCGGAGGACCAUCAGGACAUCGAUGUGGCCAUCCUGAAGGCUCUGCUCAAAGGCACGAACGCGUCGGCCUUCGAUCAGCUGGUCCUGACGCUGGCGUGGGAUCGAGUGGACAUCGCUAAAGAUCACGUGUUUGUUUACGGACAACAGCUGCUGGUGGGUUCCCUCGAGCAGGCGAUGUUGGAUGCGUUGGUGAUGGACCGCGUGGAGUUCGUUAAGCUCCUGAUCGAGAAUGGCGUCAGCAUGCACCGCUUCCUCACAAUCACACGUCUGGAGGAGCUGUACAACACGAAACAAACUCCAACCAAUCCGACGCUCUAUCACUUGGUGAGGGACGUCAAACAGGGUAACCUCCCGCCCAACUAUAAGAUCACGCUGAUCGACGUGGGGCUGGUGAUCGAGUAUCUGAUGGGAGGAACGUACAGGUGCAACUACACGCGCAAACGCUUCCGCAUCAUCUACAACAACCUGCACGGGAACAGCCGGCGGUCAGGUCGACACACAGCUAGUAGCUCCCAUGAGUCCUUCAGCAUUCAAGCAGAUAAAAAAGAGAAAACACGACACAAUCACUUCAUCAACACGGCGCAGCCCUACAAAUCCAGGCUGGACUCUGUCUCCGAGCAGCAGAAGAAGAAGAGUAAGGAGGAGGUGGUGGACAUCGACGAUCCAGAGACGCGCAGGUUCCCGUACCCCUUCAACGAGCUGCUGGUGUGGGCCGUGCUGAUGAAGCGGCAGAAGAUGUCUCUGUUCUUCUGGCAGCACGGCGAGGAGUCCAUGGCCAAAGCUCUGGUGGCCUGCAAACUGCUGCGCUCCAUGGGAUACGAGGCCAAGAAGAGCGACGUGGUGGACGACACCUCCGAGGAGCUGAAGGAGUAUUCCAAUGAGUUCGGCACGCUGGCGGUGGAUCUGCUGGAGCAGUCGUUCAGGCAGGACGAGACGAUGGCCAUGAAGCUGCUGACGUACGAGCUGAAGAACUGGAGCAACUCCACCUGUCUGAAGCUGGCGGUGUCGUCGCGCCUCCGGCCGUUCGUGGCUCACACCUGCACACAGAUGCUGCUCUCCGACAUGUGGAUGGGUCGCCUCAACAUGCGCAAGAACUCCUGGUACAAGGUGAUCCUGAGCAUCCUGGUUCCUCCUGCCAUCCUCCUGCUGGAGUACAAGACCAAAGCGGAGAUGUCCCACAUUCCCCAGUCGCAGGACGCUCAUCAGAGCAUGGAGGACAGCGAGCACUACCUGCAGAACCCUGACGACAUCCAGAUGGAUGUGUUUAAGGAAGUCCGUAUGAAUGAGAACACGGAUGUGAAGAAUGAGACGGAGGUGCAUGUGCGUUCCCGCCGGUUACCCAUCACACGCAAGUUCUACGCCUUCUACCACGCGCCGAUCGUCAAGUUCUGGUUCAACACGCUCUUUUACAUCGGCUUCCUGAUGCUGUAUUCGUACGUGGUGCUGGUGCGAAUGGAGCCGUUUCCGUCUCCUCAGGAAUGGGUCGUCAUUCUUUGCAUCUUCACGCUAGCGGUGGAGAAGAUUCGAGAGAUGUUCAUGUCUGAAGGAGGCAAAAUCAGUCAGAAGAUUAAAGUCUGGUUCAGCGACUACUUCAAUGUGUCUGAUUUCCUGGCGCUCCUGAUGUUCUUCGUGGGCUUCGGCCUGCGCUUCGGCUCGGGGAGCGUGUUCAUCGCUGGCCGGACCGUGUACUGUCUGAACAUCAUCUUCUGGUACGUGCGGCUGCUGGAUAUCCUGGAGGUCAAUCAGCAGGCUGGACCCUACGUCAUGAUGAUCGGGAAGAUGGUGGCCAACAUGUUCUACAUCGUGGUCAUCAUGGCCGUCGUGCUGCUGAGUUUUGGGGUUCCUCGGAAAGCCAUUCUGUACCCAAACGAGGAUCCCUCGUGGAGUUUGGCCAAAGAUGUGGUGUUCCAGCCUUACUGGAUGAUGUACGGUGAAGUUUACGCCUACGAGAUCGACGUGUGUGCGAACUCGAGCGAGGCGCAUGUUAAGGAUCUGUGUAGGACCGGUGUGUGGUUGACGCCGGUGCUGCAGGCCAUCUAUCUGUUCGUGCAGUACAUACUGAUGGUGAACCUGCUCAUCGCCUUCUUCAAUAACGUCUACAUGCAGGUGAAGUCCAUAUCCAACCUGGUGUGGAAAUACCAGCGCUAUCACUUCGUCAUGGCAUACCACGACAAGCCGGUGCUUCCGCCGCCGCUGAUUCUGCUCAGCCACGCCACGUCUGUGCUGUCCUCCAUCUGCAGGAAGAGGAAGAAGGACAGCAGCGCCUACGGACCAAAGCUCUUCCUGACCGAGGAGGACCAGAAGAAGCUGCACGACUUCGAGGAGCAGUGCGUGGAGACGUACUUCCACGAGAAAGACGAUCAGUUUCACUCUGGGAGUGAAGAGAGAAUCAGACUCACGUCCGACAGGGUGGAAACGAUGUGUGUGCAGCUGAAGGAGGUCGGAAACAAGGUGAACUUCAUCAAGCGCUCUCUGCACACGCUGGAUUCUCAAAUCGGACACCUGCAGGAUCUCUCGGCGCUCACGGUGGACACGCUAAAGGCGCUGACCGCGCAGCGAGCGUCCGAGGCUAGCAAAGUGCACAACCAGAUCACACGCGAGCUCAGCCUCUCCAAGAACCUGGGGCCCGACGUGACGGGGCACUCGAGUGCUCUGGUGCGGUGCAGCGUGGGAUUCCUGCCUCCCGCCGCCAGCAUAGCAGAGUCUCUGUUCGGGGGCGGAGCUGGAGGCGGAGCUGAGGAGCAGCAGGGGGCGGAGCUUCCUCAGAGCCCCGAGACACGCCCUCUGUUCACGGCCGAGGCUGGAUCCUCCGGCUGCACCUUACCUCAGUCGCUCAGACACUCACCGCAGCUGCGGCGCCGCGGACGCUCCGUGCUCCAGGACACGGGUCCUAGAAGCCUCGCCACGUUCUUCGUCAGCACACCGUCGCAGCUCACCGUUUCGCAGACGCACACGGAGCCGGCGCAUGUCGCAGUGGAGUUCGGGGCCUUCGUGGGUGAGUAUGAGGAGGGUGUUUAUGGGACGAGUGAUGGAGGCCCCUCAGGGGCGGUCGUGUGUGAGGGAUACGUCAAUCACGCCUUCACUGAUGAUGAAGACGAUAGACCCGCCCCCGACCCGCCUGACAGAAACACGCCCCUCCCGGGCCUUCCUCUGGCCCCUGAGCACCAGCCCCGGGGCCCCCGGCGCAUCCGGAGAGACGGUCGCUUCAGACGUGCGCUGAACAUACUCACACAGAGAAGCGGAGGUUUGGCUGGGAAUCGGGGAACCCCACCCCAUGCCCCUGUGUGUGUUAGAGCGGGUGAGACGGGUCACAAGGAUGAUCCUGAGGGUCAGAGGUCGUUUCCUAAAGAGGGUGCUGUCAGCAGCCGCCAGUCGAGUCCCUCCAGAAAGACUCGGGAUGUGGCGGCUGUGGCGCAGGGUCACAUGCGGACGGUGAACUCGUACGCUGGUUUCACAGAGUUCGACAGAAACCCUACGUUCCUGCAUCCAGAGUCCACACUCGGUAAGCAGGAGAGGACGCGUGUGUCGUUGGAGGACGUCUCGUGUUAUGAGGAUCUGCUGCUGGGGAAAUCAGCUCAGUCCAGCAAACUGUGAGUAACUGUGUCAGCGAUCGUUUCUCCGUUCAAGCCCAUGGAGAGUUAUCAGUAUUCAGCGGUGGAGCGUAAUAACCUGAUGCGGUUGUCUCAGAGUAUUCCAUUCACCCCAGUGCCCCCUAGAGGUGAGCCGGUGACCGUGUACCGUCUGGAGGAGAGCUCUCCCAACACCAUCAACAACAGCAUGUCGUCGUGGACUCAGCGCGGUCUCUGUGCUAAGAUCGAGUUCCUCAGUAAAGAGGAGAUGGGUGGAGGCCUGCGGCGGGCGCUGAAGGUGCUCUGCACCUGGUCCGAGUAUGACAUGCUGAAGCCUGGACACCUGUACAUCGUCAAGUCCUUCCUACCUGAGGUGGUCAACACCUGGCAGAGCAUUUACAGAGAGGACACAGUCCUGCACCUCUGUCUCAGGGUACGAUCACACACCGGAUGUUCUCCAGCUGUUCCUCAUUACUCACCCAAACACAGAGUCACAAGAGUUUAUAAUAACAGCUCCAGUGCUACCGGAGUGUGUCUCUGCAGGUUUCUGGAGGUGUUCCUGCUCUACUGUCACUCUGCCGGUCAGUGGUUUGCCAUCGAGGAGUGCAUCACUGGAGACUUCCGCAAGUUUAAUAACAACAACGGGGAUGAAAUCGUCCCGACCAACCUUCUGGAAGAAACCAUGCUGGCCUUCAGCCACUGGACGUAUGAAUACACGCGAGGAGAGCUGCUGGUGCUGGAUCUGCAGGGUUUGUGUCUCACUCAGAUCUCUUCAUCUGCUUCUGGAAGGGAGGGGUCUUAUGAUAUGAUCUUUGGCCCCGCGAAUCUGGGAGACGAUGCCAUUCGAAACUUCCGCUCCAAGCAUCACUGCAACUCGUGCUGCAGAAAACUCAAACUUCCCGAUCUGAAGCAGAACGACUACACUCCUGAUAAACUCAUGCCCUCUGAGGGACCGUCCCAUUCACCGCCUGCAGGGGGCGCCACUAAAGAACCGCGUCCCUCAAUGCGAUUAAUGCUGUGAGCCUCACACACACACUCUCACACACACUCACACUCUUCUCUCACACACACACACACUCUCACAC